CACGAUCAGCAUUCCGUUCUCGGACGUUGCCGGCGACAGUUUAGUUUUACAGUGUGAGGCGCGCUUCGGUCGUUCGUUUAAGCGAGUGCGCGAGUAAGCAUUGCUCUGAGCUUUACAGGGACGUAAAGUGGUUUCAUAUCCUGCGGGGCAGUGCGUUGGGAUGCACUGUGGCUAGUCAAAGAGCUGGUGAAUAUCUGAUAAAGUGAUUUAUAUUACAACUUCAACGUUCGGCUGCACGUACCGCAUCGAUCGAUCGUUUAGUGCUUAAAUCGUUUAUUAAUGCUCUUUUUGAAUAAGGGAACUGUGUUCUGCUCUGUUACGGACUCUGAAAACAAAAAGCCUAAGAAUGAUCACGUACAGCGAUCGUUAAUAUAAAAUAUAGUAAAUUAAUUUGUGUUAAUUAUAUACAGUGCUUUUCAACCAUUGAAGUUCUCAUCUUAUUCUGAAAACAUCUUCCUAUAUUAACAGUUAUUGUGACCUUCAAUAAGGGUUAAAGUGAACAUUUUAAGUGUUUUUCUAGAUUUUGAAAGAAUUGAGCACUGCAACGAAGUAGUCGAAAAUCCACCAACGCACAUACAGACACACAUAGCCACGCACAUACACACACGCGCACGCAACUGCACGGCCAUGGCAUCGGUAUACCCAAGGACACUCGGUGGGUUCACGCUUUUGCUGCUGGCACUCGCCGCCACCAUUACGCCCGGGGGUGGACAGGCACUGAUCACACCGCUGGAUUCGCCACUGCUCGCCACCAAGUACCGGGGCUUCCGCGAGAUCAUGUUCAACUUCAUUGGCCAAACCGGCAACAACAAGAACAAGUUCCUGAUCAAUCUGAAAAAGGGAAAAGUUCAAAAACAGUUCGGUCCCGAGGAACCGUUCUUCUGCAACACGACCGGCAUGCGCAGUGAAACGGUACCGACCUCCGUGGACAGAUUGCGGCCGGGCGAUAUCGAUAUCAUCGGAGCGAUUGGGGAUUCGCUGACGGCGGGAAAUGGUGCAAUGGCGACCAACAUUCUUGAGGUGCUGAUCGAAAACAAGGGUCUUUCGUGGAGCAUCGGUGGGCAGGGCACGUGGCGACAGUUUCUAACGCUGCCGAACAUACUGAAGGAGUAUAAUCCGAAGCUGUACGGCUAUCCGACCAAGGAUGGUCUGUCGACGCGCAAGGCUUCACUGUUCAACGCGGCAGAAGGUGGCGCCAUGUCACAGGACAUUCCCUAUCAGGCCCGCAAUCUCGUCAAACGGAUGCUGUCCGACCGGAAGGUGGACAUCGACAACCACUGGAAGAUGAUCACGCUCAUGAUCGGUGGCAAUGACUUCUGUGCCGAGAUCUGUUACAUGGCGACGCCCGAAAAGAUACUGCAGUAUCACGAGAAGAACAUUGUCAGUGCGUUGCGAACCUUCCGUGAUUAUCUACCACGCACCUUCGUCAAUUUGGCGGCGAGUCCAAAGGUUGACAUCUUGGCACGCUUCAAGAACAAACCACAGGAGUGCGUCUCGAUGCACGUGAUCGAGUGUCCGUGUCUGCUGGCCACACGGUUCCGCAAGCAGCGCGAACGGUUCGUCAAGCUGAUCGAGGACUGGAACAUGCUGCAGAUGGACAUUGCCGCCCGGGAGGAGUUUCACCGCAAGCCCGACUUUGCCGUCGUUUAUCAGCCGUUCACGAUGAACCUUACCUUCCCGGAGACGGCCAGCGGCGAUACGGACUUUACGUACAUGUCGCUCGAUUGCUUCCACCUCAGCCAGAAGGGCUAUGCGCUCGCUUCGAACGCACUGUGGAACAAUAUGCUCGAACCUGUGGGCGGUAAAUCGAUGAACUGGGAGCGCGAGUUUACGCUGUUUAGGUGUCCGAGUGCGGAAAUGCCUUUCCUGCGAACGCCCGGCAACAGCUAGGGCACUCUGGGCACAAAAAGGGGGCCAAACCAGCUGACGCACUUCAUCCAAAAUGUGAUAUUAUUUCUACUUACACACCGGACGGGGUUUGGAAGGAAUCCGAAUUCCCCACACUCAUCAAUCAUCAUGUGCAAUUUUACGUUUUUAAGACACGCUAACGGGCUUUGAGUUAAGAAUCACAUGUCACCCACCAAUCAUUGUGUUCACGUUGGGCAGGACCUACGCAACCGCAACACUGCCGUCGAAGCUUACGCAAUGCCUUCAUCUCACUCAUGCAAUGCACACUGCUCUGGAAGGAUUUCAUUACAGUUUUACAUACAUAUUUUACGCA